AUGCAUGGGGUACUCCAAUUCAAGAGCGCCCGCGGAGAGGGGUCUUUCCGUCCUUACAGACGAAAGGAUGCCAAGAGGACUAAAUCCGGGUGCCUAAGCUGUCGGGUCCGGCACACCAAGUGCGAUGAGACUAAACCAAUCUGCGGCGGCUGUGUGCGCAACCAUUUGCUCUGUACCUGGCCCAACUCGGGGAAGACGAUCAUUACUUCGGCGUCUGCGGGAUCUGACCGCCCCGAACAGUCUCAGAAUGCAACAUCACUGCGUCGUCUCUCCCCGAACCGUGCACUAUCGCUUUGGCCCCGGCUCAAUGGGAGGUCGGGUGAACAAAGACUGCUUCAGCAUUACAUCGAGAGGUCAGCACAGAGGCUAGUAAUAAGAGAUGUCAUCAAAAACCCUUUUCUUGCCUAUAUGUUGCCUUUGGCGCAGCAAAAUGACGGGUUCCUUCAUGCUGUCUUUGCCAUAAGCGCUUCUCACCUGUCUUAUGAUGAUCAACAAUCACAUAUUGUCGCGCUUUCCCAUUAUGGAGUUGCGCUACGGGCAGUCAAAUAUCUUAUCACAGAGUAUGGAAGUGGAUACAAUCGUAACCCCGUGGUGAUAGUGAUGUUGCUCCUAGCGUUGUGUAAUUUUGAGGACAUAUCCGUGACAAUGGCAUUGUCCACGGCUGCUUCCGCGGACGAGAAACAUGUCGACAUCAAAUCAGCAGCGACUGCUAGUUCAUCAACAGUCAAGGGCGAUGGCGCGCUCCAGCUUCUCGCGGCCGGUGGUGAAGCCGGCACACUUGACCACGAGGCCUCACACCGACUAGUCCGCAAGAUCGAUCUUUACGUGAUGCCGCUGAUCUGCAUCGUGUAUUUCCUACAAUAUCUGGAUAAAAUCGCCAUCAGUUAUGCCAGUGUUACGGGUCUUCGGGAGUCGGCAAAUCUUCAUGGAAACCAGUUCAACUGGGUCUCCAGUAUGUUUUUCUUCGGUCAAUUGGCGUUUCAAUUCCCGACGACCCGUCUCAUCCAGGCAUUUCCCCUUGCUCGAUACGUCGCCUUCAAUGUAACAGUCUGGGGGACAAUACUAGCAUGCAUGGCCGCGUGUCAUUCCUUUGCUGCAUUAAUGGUAUGCCGUACAUUGCUUGGUGCUGCCGAAGCCGCAGUGGUGCCGGCUUGGGUAGUGUUCACAUCGCAAUGGUAUCGCAAGGAGGAACAGGCUUUUCGAGUUGGAUUGUGGUUCUCCAUGUGUGGCUUUGCGCAAAUGUUCGGAGGGUAUAUUGCAUACGGUGUAGCCAUCCAUAUCGGUGGCGAUCCUACUGCUUCGCUCCGCGGAUGGCAGGUAAUUUUCCUCAUCUUAGGAUUGUUCACCGUCGUGAUUGGCAUCUUGUUCUUCUUCAUCCUGCCAGACUCGCCUGUGACUGCUCGGUUUCUAUCACCAGAAGAGAAGGCCCUGCACGCAGAGCGCCUGCGAAGCAACGUCCAGGGCAUCGGCAGCAACGUGUUCAAGAAGGCCCAAGUGUAUGAAGCUCUGAAAGACCCGAACACAUGGCUGUAUUCCUUCUGGGUUUUGGCUGCCAAUGUACCGAAUUCCAUCGCGACUAGUUUCGGGAACAUUCUCGUGUCUGGCAUGGGCUAUUCGCAAACGCAGAGUCUCCUGCUAGUGACACCUUUAGGUGCCUACGAAGUUGUUGCCCUCGUCGGACUGACCUACCUCGCCAUGAAAACCGAACAACGACUCCUCUGGUGCAUAAUCGGUCACAUCCCCUCGAUUGUGGGUGCAAUCCUCAUGGCAACCACAGACAAGGCUCCCGCCCUUGUCGGCUACUAUCUCACAGGUGGCAUUCCGAUCGGGUGGACCACUAUCCUGGGCCUAACAAGUACCAACAUCGCUGGGUCAACGAAAAAAAUCACUGUCUCAUGUAUCCAGACCAUCGCAUACACGGUCGGAAAUAUUAUUUCGCCCCAGACUUUCCAGGCGAAGGAUGCCCCGCAGUAUCUGCCUGCCAAGAUCUCGAUCGUCAUCUUAUACGUUCUUGUCACGCUGGAUCUUUGCCUAAUUCGCUGGCUGUCGAUCCGGGAGAAUCGCCGGAGGGACCAAGAAAAGGAGGCGCUUGGUAAUGCGUAUACCGUGCCGCAGAAUCAUGAGUUCUUGGAUCUAACCGAUCGGGAGAAUCCCGAGUUUCGAUAUGCGAUUUGA